CUCCUGGACCGGGCUGACCGGAAACGGCGUCCCAGGGACAGUCUAGGCCGCAGUCCUCCGUGUCCCCUCCAUCCCCGUUUCAAGUCGCCCUGGCCCGUUGCUGCCCCGGGCGCCGUGCGCUGGUCUUUGAUCCGGCGGGUGAUUACGGGGAUGCAGGCGGCGGGAGGCCCAUUCAUCCCCUUCCCCCGCGCGCGCUCGUGCUGACGGGCGGCAGGAAACAGGUCCGGGAGGGGAAGCACCAGGCCAAGGGACCCAGACAUGGAGCUGCGGGAAGAAGCUUGGUCUCCGGGGCCGCUGGAUUCUGAGGACCAGCAGAUGGCCAGUCAUGAGAACCCAGUGGACAUCCUCAUCAUGGAUGAUGACGACGUCCCCAGCUGGCCCCCGACCAAGCUGUCCCCACCCCAGUCCGCACCUCCACCUGGGCCCCCUCCCCGACCGCGGCCGCCUGCGCCCUACAUCUGCAACGAGUGCGGCAAGAGCUUCAGCCACUGGUCGAAGCUGACGCGGCAUCAGCGCACGCACACAGGCGAGCGGCCCAACGCUUGUAGCGACUGCGGCAAGACCUUCUCGCAGAGCUCGCACCUGGUGCAGCAUCGGCGCAUCCACACGGGCGAGAAGCCCUACGCCUGCUCCGAGUGCGGCAAGCGCUUCAGCUGGAGCUCCAACCUCAUGCAGCACCAGCGCAUCCACACGGGCGAGAAGCCCUACACCUGCCCCGACUGCGGCCGCAGCUUCACACAGAGCAAGAGCCUGGCCAAACACCGGCGCUCGCACAGCGGCCUCAAGCCCUUCGUGUGCCCGCGCUGCGGCCGCGGCUUCAGCCAGCCCAAGAGCCUGGCGCGCCACCUGCGGCUGCACCCAGAGCUGUCAGGGCCCGGUGUGGCGGCCAAGGUGCUAGCGGCCAGCGUGCGGCGUGCCAAGGCGCCCGAGGAGGCGGCGGCGGUGGACGGCGAGAUCGCCAUCCCCGUGGGCGACGGCGAGGGCAUCAUUGUAGUGGGCGCACCAGGAGACGGUGCCGCGGCAGCCGCAGCCCUGGCGGGGACAGGGCAGCGGGCAGCGGGCCCACGGUCUCGGAGGGCGCCGGCGCCCAAGCCCUACGUGUGCAUGGAGUGCGGGAAGGGCUUUGGGCACGGGGCCGGGCUGCUGGCCCACCAGUGCGCGCAGCACGGGGACGGGCUUGGGGCAGCGGGUGGCGAGGAGCCCGCACACAUCUGCGUGGAGUGUGGCGAGGGCUUCGUGCAGGGCGCUGCGCUGCGGAGACACAAGAAGAUCCACGUGGUUGGGGCGCCGUCGGUCUGCAGCAGCUGCGGACAGAGUUUCUAUCGGGCAGGCGGGGAGGACGACGGCGGCGAGGACCAGUCGGCCGGUGCGCGGUGUGCCGAGUGUCGCGGUGGGGAGGCCCGGUAGGGACGGGGGUGCCCGAGGGGUGGGCAGGGCCCCUCGGGCUCAGUGGGGACUAUCAGCGAGCAAGACCACGAGGCCCAGGGAGAACCGGGCCGAGAGGAGCAGCGGCCUCCCUCCUUCCUCGGCCCAGGCUGUCCUGGGUGUGAGGGGAACCCUCUGCCAUCGGGGCAGAUUCUCAGGACUGCCCACAGCCUCUCUGCUGACCCGCACCGGCCCUGUGUAGGUUCCCAGCCUGGGAGCCAGAGACAGUGUGUGAGAGAACUGUGUAGAUCAAUCGGCACAAGACCCUCAAUGGAGAGGCCAUCCCCCACCGCAGGUGUGGGCCACGGUGUCCUAAGGAAUGGAGGGAAUCCUGGCCUUGUGCACCAAGAGGGUCUCCCUUCCCUUCUAGAAUUUUCUUUUAAUCAUACCUUCUUGACCUCUCCCGUUCAUUAAUUUUUCUGCCCCGUGGGUCCUUGUCGAUCUUUAGCCCAAGUCGUCCCUCUCCCUCCUGGAUUUGCAGUAGCAGAGGAGUGAAGAAGUAGCAGCCUGCUCCCAGCACGGUCUCAUUGAGAGGACGGACGGGGUCCUGUGUGCUCCCUGUCCUGAUGGUGGAAGAAGGGAUGUGGGAGCAAUAAAUGGCACUAUUCAAUUGUC